GUGGGGGACAGGCGUCAUUCCCUGGAACCAGUGGACUUCCUCUCUGCUUGUCUGGGUCACCCUGUCUGCCCGUCGCUGGCCCCAGGCUCGCUCUCUGGCCCCGGCCCUCUUCUCUCUCUCUCCCUCAGCAGCUGUCUCUCUCGUGCCCGCUGGCCUGUCUCUUUCCCCGCAGUCGCCUCCUUCUCUGCCUGCCUGGGUGGCCGCCAUGGGCCGGAAGCGGCUCAUCACUGACUCCUACCCUGCAGUGAAGAGGAGGGAGGGCCCCGCUGGGCACAGCAAGGGGGAGCUGGCACCAGAGCUAGGGGAAGAGCCCCAGCCCCUGAGCGUGGAUGAAGCAGAGCUGGAGCUGCUGAGGCAGUUUGAUCUCGCCUGGCAGUAUGGGCCCUGCACAGGGAUCACACGGCUGCAGCGCUGGUAUCGGGCGGAACAGAUGGGCUUGGAGCCUCCCCCAGAAGUGCGUCAGGUGCUACAGACACACCCUGGAGAUCCCCGCUUCCAGUGCAGCCUCUGGCAUCUCUAUCCCCUUUGAGGCACCACCUAAGACCUGCCCGCUACCCCAGAACCUCAAGACCCAAGUGAGAGCCGGUUGCUGCCCCCUUGGCUCAGUUCUGCUGUGAAGAACUUUUGGCAGGAAAAGAGCCUCAUAGAGAGAGAAAAGAGGCUGAAUCUGGAGGUCUCCGAGGCUCAGCCCUCCAUCUAACCAGCAGGCUUCUGGAGCCCCUCUGAGAGCCAACACAGCUGAAGCCUGCACUUCCUACGUGGAGAAUGGUCUCUGAGGACAAGGACCUGCCCAUGACCUUUCAGAUGCCUGCUACACGCCUCCCUGACCACAAAUACUGUGGUCCUGGGAAUAGUGUGGCAAAUAGGCACAGCCUUGACAUAGUCAGACUCAGGCAGAUAUCUACGAGGCAAAGAUGCACUCCCCACUUAAGGCUGGGAAUCUGAAGGCAAAACUGGCAAGAGGUUCACUAAUGCUUAUCAAUAAAGAACACUGAGUCUGGAA